CUGAAUCAACAACGUGAAAAGUGUAGCUGUGAAUAAGUUGAGAAAAAUAGCGAUAAUUAGAGGUUUUCCUUGAUUUACAGUUGUUGAAAAGUGUGGAAAUCGUUUCCACAGAUCAGCUAGAAGUGAUAAAUAGUGGAAAACGUUGAAUUGCGACGUAAAGUUUGGUGUUAAACCGUCGAAGAAAAUCGUAAAAUUUUCUUACUCUUGUUUGUUCUGUUACUCGAAUAAAGUUUUCUGCUGUCUUCAGCCGACGAGGUUGGCGCGUUUCGAACUUUGAUUUGACAGCUACGAAGUGUUUUCAAAACAAAGCAAACCAAGGGCUGUUUUGUUUCUGAAAAAUAUUGUAUAGCAAAAUGUUCGGUGCAAAACCGGGUGGUUUCGGUCAAACCAGUGCUGCUGGAGGAUUCGGUACAUUCGGAAACAACACAGCAACGGCCAGCCCCUUCGGACAGGCAAACACAUUCGGUAAACCUGCAACGGCGGGUGCUUUCGGAGCUACCCCGGCCUUUGGACAGCAAGCGAACAAUUCACUGUUCGGUCAACCGCAGCCGGCAGGUAAUUUGUUCGGUGCGAGUACCAGCACAGCGCCGGCCUUCGGAGCUACAGCAACUACACAGUCCGGCUUUGGAGCAUUCGGUCAACCGCAACAACAAUCAACGUCUUUGUUUGGAACGCAAAACAAUACAGCACCGAAUGCAUCGUUGUUUGGUGCUAACAAUAAUUCCGCUUUCGGAGCGGCGAAACCAGCGGGUUUUGGAGGAUUUGGUCAGACGGCUCCACAAACAUCACUGUUUGGACAGGCCACUACAAGUCAAACGACAACGGGAGGAUUUUUCGGUCAGAACACACAAAGUGGAGGAUUAUUUGGAGCACAAAAACCGGCCUUCGGAGCGACUGCACCCGUUGGCGCUGGGAAUGGAACUGCGGUGGUCAAAUACCAGCAAACCCCAUCGACGGACACGUUGGUUAAGAACGGUCAAAGUACAACGGUUCAAACCAAACAAUAUUGUAUCACUUUUAUGAAGGAAUAUGAAAAUAAAUCAGUGGAAGAGCUCCGGUAUGAGGAUUAUGCUGCUAAUCGAAAGGGUCCACAGGCGGGAGCAACACCGGGAGGAUUUUUCGGAGCAACUCCAACGGCUACUCCAUUCGGUGCCACUGCUGCACAGCCACAGUCCUUAUUCGGACAAACUACGACCGCUCAGGCGAGCACGGGCUUAUUCGGAAGCACAACCAACACUUUCGGACAAACAACGGCUCCCGCGUUCGGUGCAACACAACAGCCAGGUUUUGGAAAGCCUUUUGGUAGUGCAACCACGACCGGAGGAUUCGGAUUUGGACCAACAAACACCAACACAAUGGGUGGUUUGGGUGCAAAUAAACCGGCGUUUGGUGCGGCUACAACAGGUCUCUUCGGACAAACUGCAACCCCUGCGACCAAUACGUUCGGACAGGCUUCCACUUUCGGAGGAUUUGGAACGCAAGCUCAAGCCCAACAACCGGGAAGUUUAUUCUCGGGAGCUGCAACCAGUACUGCACCAGGGACGAGCGCUUUUGGAGGCUUGGGAGCUCAAACAACACAGUCUGGGUUUGGAUUCGGUUCCAACACGGCUACCAAUACUGCGGGAGGUGGAUUGUUCGGUGCCAAACCGGCAAACACCUUUGGCACUCUAGGCAGUACCUUCGGGCAAAAUCCAACUUCUACGGCACCAGCAUUCGGUGGCUUCGGAACUAAUACCAACACGGGGGGAUCGCUGUUUGCCAAUACUUUCAAUAAACCGGCAGCACCAGCUUUUGGAAUGAACACAGCUACGUCCACGGGAACGUUUGGUGGUGGAUUGAAUUUUGGUGCCGGAUCCGGUUCACUGUUUGGUAAUACAGCCAAUAAACCCGGAGGCCUUGGUACGGGCAGUAGUCUGUUUGGAAACACAUCCGCGAUGGGAGGUGGAACGGGAGCCUUCGGAACUCUUGGAAGUGGAGGUUUCGGUACCGGCAUUGGCACAAACACCGGUUUAGGAAACGUAGCCAAUCCCGCUAGUGCCGCAGUUCCAAUACAUCAGCAAAUUCUGGCGAUGGUAACUUCUCCGUAUGGCGAUAAUCCUAUUUUUAAAGACAUCAAGCCUCUCGCCGGAGCGUCGGAAGAUUCUCUGAAACCAACGAAUCCGUCAGCUCAAAAAGCAAUUCUCGAGGGUACGAAUCAACAGUUCAAGGUAUCACCGAAGGUAACCGGCAAUGGUGUCAAGGUGAAACCGGUAGGAUCGGUCACUUUAUCGAAAAAAUCCUUGUUUGAAGGACUGGAAGAGUACGAUAGUACUUUGGAAGAAUCGUUUUCUCUUAAACCGAAUGCCAAGCGAUUAAUUAUCAAACCAAAAUCCGCCACCCCUACUAUAACCAUUCAAAAUCGAUCCUCGUUGGUUCAAUCCAGUAGCACUACUCCCAAAGAAGAUUCAAUUGGAAAGGAAACGUAUCAGAUUCCGUUGGAAGCCCAACCCACUACCAGUCAGGACACCAGCCGGCGUGUUUCGUGGCUACAAUCGAACGCCCUGGAUAAGGUACGCCAGAACAAUCGCCUAUCGGAAUCGGUUCUGGACAGCACCAUCAAAGAGUUCGCCCCGGCCGGCGGACUCCAGUCAGCAUCCACAUCGCUCACGAAAGAAACACAGCUCACGAACCUGGACUCUUCGGCUUCCCCUCCGACCCCGGCCGGUCAUUCGGCACAGUCUACCGUUGCGGCUAAGAAAGAUUCCGUCAGCACCAGCUCGCCGGUCAACAUGAACGAUUCUUCGCUGAUGUCAUCAUCGAAUCGGUCUUUCCUAAACGAAACCACCAACGUUACCGGCGUUGGCGAUGUGUCGGCCGUUUCCGACGAGGCUGCACUGGAAGAUGCGGAACCACAUCCAACCGGGAUCGUACUGCGACGGCCAGGGUACUACACAAUUCCAUCGUUGGACGACAUCCUGCAGCUGAUGGACGAGGAGGGUCGUUGCGUGGUGCCGAACUUCACCAUCGGUCGGAAAGGUUACGGCAACGUGUACUUCAACGAACCGAUCGAUGUGGCCAAUCUAAACCUGGACGAAAUUGUGCACUUUCGGCACAAAGAGGUUAUCAUAUAUCCGGAUGACGAAAACAAACCGACGGUUGGGCAAGGUCUGAAUCGCAAGGCCCAAAUCACCCUGGAUCAGGUUUGGCCCCAUGAUAAGGCACUGCACGAACCGAUCAAGGAUCCGCAACGGCUGGGAUUGAUGGAUUAUGAGGGAAAAUUGCGCCGGGUUUGCGAUAAACAUGAUACCCGUUUCUUGGAGUACAGACCGGAUACCGGAAGCUGGGUGUUUAAAGUGGAGCACUUUUCAAAAUACGGAUUAAGCGAUAGCGAUGAGGAUGAAGCACAGGCCGAUCCGAAGAAAGUGAAAAUGAUGGCCCCCGUAGACAAAGAAACCGGAGCGAUCCCGAAAAAAUCUUCUGUAUCCGUUAUGUUUAAUCGUGACAAGACCUUGGGUCAGCAGGACGAGUUCAACUACUCACUGAUGACGAACGAGAGUUUAGCUCCUACCAGUCCGACUGCCGCUCUGGCUCUCGGCAUGGGAACCGACUCCCACAAACUGCAACUAAUGAAGGCUUCCUUCUUCGUUGAAGAUGAUUUUGAUCGUCGAUCGGUACUGUCGGAAGUGACCGACGGUGGCCGGGAUAGUCCCGAUCAGACUGUUCCGAAUAAACAAUACUUUGGACUGGGAAGAACGCUAACCAGCAGCCUCUAUCUAAGAACGGAAUCUCCGAAAGUGUUGGAAUCUGAUUCCAUUCAGAUGGAUGACUUCGAACAACCCACGACACUUUUCACGACAUCAACGAGCAGAAAUUUUCAGGAACACAUUCACCAACCAAAGCGAAAGGAUACUACCGCUACCGAAAUCCCUCGUCCAAUCGGUCCCAAAUCUCUACCGUUGGUUGUUAAGCCCAAGGUAGAGCUAGUUCAACCCAACGACGUCGUUCUACCGGUUCAGCAAUCCAUUUUGGCUCGUUUUCUGAACAAGAAAACGGAUUUAGCUUUCUUCCAUGGACGUAAGUUUAAAGUAGGAUGGAGUUUCCCAUCGUCGCUGGUUCAACUGAACACGGCGGAAAAUUGUUCGCUACUGAAAAGGAACGAAAUUCUUCACAUCGGUGAUCUACAUCACUUCUUCCGGGGUCGUUCGGCUAAGGACUACUCACCGGCGGCACUGCAGAUGCUUCAAAUCCGUUCUUCAGCAGAGAUCGACGGGUUCCAGAAAACGGUCGAAGAUCAUCUUCGGAUCGAGCUGAAGUACGACGAUAUUCGAAAACUGGAAAACACCGACUGUCCGUACUACGUGGCCGGUGGGAAACAUGCCGGACUGGCCGAUCAUCUGGAAAUGGCUAAAUUGGUUGCCGACGAAAAUAGUUUCGAUGAACUGUGCGUGGAAGUUUGGUCCCUGUGUGCGGCUUUGUGGGGAGCCCGUGAAGAGCUUGAGGAUGUCGAGAUCACAGCCCAUUUGAGCACCAUGUUUCGACGGGAUUUAUUUUCCGAAUGGUUGGAAGGUGUAGUCACCGAGCAGUCAUCCCGGGAAAUGGCCGCAGCUUUGAAGGGCAAAAAGCAAGAUUACCUGGAUCAACUGUUGGAACUGAUCUGCACUCACAAGGUGCUGGACGCGUGCGAGUUGGCCUUCGAGAACGACGAUAUCAACUUGUCGAUGUUGAUGGCCCAAAUUUCCGGAGGUCCAACCGUUUGCCAGCUGAUCCAACAUCAGCUGAGCUCCUGGCAAGACGUCGAAGCCGAUAAAUUCAUUGAUGUUCGUCGGUUGAAAGUGUUUAUGCUGGUGGCCGGCAUUCCGCUGCUUUCGUCUACUCACGGCACAAUCAACAUUUUCGAACAGCUCGACUGGUUAAAAUCCCUUGCCAUUAACCUCUGGUAUCUGUGUUCACCGACCGCAUCCAUCACGGAUGCCCUGAUGAGCUACGAGAAAUCUUUCCAAUCCAACGAAUUCUUCGCACUUCCUCCUAACCCACCGUACACCUCCCGGAUUAAGCUGGACAGUCCGAAACCAAUCCAGGACAUCCGUUUCCAUCUGCUUAAACUGUACUCUAAACGUUCGCACCCACUGGAAUCGCUGCUGAACCCAGCAACGCACACACCCGAUCCGUUGGAUUUCCGUCUAUCGUGGUUUCUGCUGCAAACACUGGAAACCCUCGGCUAUCGGCACUGUUCCGAACUGUCGCGCAGUCAAAUUCAUCUGUCCUUUGCGAACCAACUGGAAAAUCAUGGCCUCUGGCAAUGGGCCGUCUACGUUCUGCUGCACCUGAACGACCAGAGCCGACGGGAAUUGGCCAUUCAGGAUCUGCUGUAUCGUCACAUUGAAUUAUCCGACGAAGCGGACUACCUCGAGCGGGAACAGUUUGUCAUCGGCGAGCUGGGCAUUCCGGAAAAGUGGAUCUUCUGGGCGAAAGCGGUACGGGCCGGUUCACAGUUCGAUUACCAUCAGCAGGCCCGCUUCCUGCUCAAAGCGAAACAGUGGUCCAAAGCACACGAGGUCAUCAUGGAACACAUAGCGGCGGAUUGUGUCAUCAACGACGAUAUUCCAUAUUUGAAGUCGCUGCUCGUUGAAUUUGAGGAUGUUAAACAAAUUUCCAACUGGUCGAUCAAGGGACAGAUUUUGCGGGAUUUCAUCGAGCUGAAUGAGAAGUUCGAGCUCAUCCGGGAUGCCAUCGAUGACGAGGUGGCGGACGCCCGACUGGAGGAGUUGAAACCGAAACUUUCCGAUCUGUGCUCGGUGAUCAAGAUGUUCCCCUGUCCCACGCCGAAGCACCGGCUGUGCCAAAGCGAAAUCGCCCAACGGUUGGCCUAUCUGAUACGGUCGUUCUUCACGCAGGACCCGCGUAUCAACAGUUGUGCGCUGAUGCGCAGUGCACUGGAAAAGCUACCGCUACCGCAGGAGUACGCUCUGGAAGAGCUGCGGCAUAUGUUGCAUGCGUUCCUGACCGAGGACCUACGGAAACCGAUCUAGAGUUCCGACGUAACUAUGCGUCUAUUUGGAGCUAUUAUACUAGAUCGCAGCAGGAUGCUCCGUGUUUUAUUCUGUAAGGUGUGUUUAAACGGAGAAAAUACAUCAAUAUAAACUUGUUGAACAUACUACUUACUUGAAUAGAUAAGGGCACUAGAUGGAGAUUUCACAGCUGUACCGAGUUAAAAAUAAUUACUGAAAUAAUUCUAAUUUAGUUGCCUAAAAUAGGGAUUACUUUUAUGUGUUUAUUUUUUUGCUAGAAAGACAACUUAUGCUACUGUAGUGUAUAAACCAAAACGAAAACGUAAUAUUUUUGUAAGUUUUGAAUCAUGUUAAUUGGUAAUAGUGUAUCCUUCCAGCACCUAGA